AUGGUUGAUCGAACGGUAGAUGUGAUGAAUUUGGACUUAAAUUUAGGGCUUGAGUCUCCCCUGUCACCCGUGAUAGGCCCGGGAACGGGGCCGUCAUCAGGCGAAUCGGUGAACGUUGUUGGGUGGGAAUCACCUUAUGUUAGGGAGGCUCUUAGGCAGAGAAGUAGGCAUCGUUGGCGUUGGAUCAAUAAUUCAAGAAAUGUUUGUGGAUUUGUGCAGUUGCUGUACAGGAAAUACGGCGGGAACUUCUUUGUAAAUUUGUUGGGCAUGUGGAAAGAGUCUGAAUAUGGUGGUCAAUCAAUCCCAAUUGGUGGACUUGCUUACUAUGUUACUGCCCCAGCCAGCUUGGCAGACAUGGCAGCACAUCCUUUCCAUGCUCUGUUCUAUAUAAUUUUCAUGCUUUCCGCAUGUGCUCUAUUCUCAAAGACAUGGAUUGAGGUUUCUGGAUCAUCUGCUAGGGAUGUGGCUAAGCAACUCAAGGAGCAAGGUAUGGUUAUGCCUGGACACCGUGAUUCAAACUUGCAGAAGGAACUCAACCGUUACAUUCCCACUGCUGCCGCCUUUGGAGGCAUGUGCAUUGGUGCAUUGUCAGUCUUGGCAGAUCUCAUGGGUGCCAUUGGCUUAGGCACUGGAAUUUUACUUGCGGUGACCAUCAUUUAUCAAUACUUUGAGACAUUUGAGAAGGAGAGAGCAAGUGAACUUGGAUUCCUUGGGCUUUGAGCGCCUUGAUCAUGU